CAAUAUUUAGAAGCCCCGAAGCACAUCUUCAAAUAAAAUGGGGCACUUCCACCGACAUUUGGUCUUUUGGCGCGCUGGUAAGUUAUCCUCAUAGAAUCGUCGAAAUCAUGCACGCUGUUGACUAGGCUACAAUGCAGCUCAUUAGUCUGCUAUAUGGGGAAGGGUUCCACAUCUUUAAACCCGAUGUCCCAGUAGACCAUGAUGAUUACGACGUCAAGAUUCUCAUGAAGCAUCAUCGGUGCUUCGGCCCAUUCCCAGCAUCAUACGAAGAGAUUGCAGACCAGGAAAGGCUUGCAGUUCUUGCGUGGAUAAUGCAAAAUAGCCCUAGUGAGACGUUGCGGCCCUUUCAUCUCACAACCACCAGAGAGAUUUGCCAGGAAGAUAAGGAGCUUGUGCUAAGGACGAUGAAGCUCGAUCCUAGAGAUAGGCCGACUGCUCGUCAGCUCUUGGAAGAUAAAUGGUUUUGCCACUCUUGAGUUCCAGGAUUCCGCUUAUAGGGCCUAGUUGAAACCUCAUUAUAUGUACAUAUCUAAUCAAGCACCGACCGAUUACUGAUGCUAACCGGCAACCGAAUUCUGAAUAAUAGCGAUGGGUACAACUAUGUUUCCCGCUCUUCCCAAUCCCCUAAACACUCUGAGGACGUUAUUCUUCCUUGCGUGGAAAAUGCACGCUUUUUCCAUCACCCUUAUCAUCAAGACAAACGCCGGUGUGGUGAUCACGCGGAUCGUCGCUCGGAUGCUGAGUCUCCCUAUCUGUAAUUCAGCACUAGUCGUUCGGAUAGCAGAGGUGUGAAUUUCUCUGACCUUUGACAAAUUUCCUUCGUUCCUGGCGGGACCAAGUCUUUGGAGGCC